ACAUAUUCACAACUUGGUAAAAGUCGAACAAAGGAUAGACAAUUUGUGNAGCUAUUAUAUCGANAAUGGCUUGUAUUUAAUGAUAAGUCAGUANGACAAUCUUCAUUAUACUCUUCUCCAAACUCAUUUAGAUAUUUUUGUAUUUAUAGACUGCUACGAACGGUUACAAACNAACAGACUUCCCAUUCAUUGCAAUUCUCUGUUUCCCACUGUAUUUCGUCUGUAACUUACAAAAAGCUUGUAUCUAAUUAGACUUGUAUAUAGGAGUUUGCGUGUAA